CCCGCACACAUUCCAUGAACGUGCUUAGGGCCGUGUGUGUGAUGUCAUGUCCUCCUGACUGCUUAAAGACGACAAGCAAAGUCUCCAUGAAUGCGUGGCGUUCACCCAGCUUCCUGCACAGCUCCUCCCCAACGUUAAACAACAAAUAAAAAAAGAACCGCUCCACCGGCCAGCGAAGGCUCGCCAAUGAAGAAGAAGUGGGAGUGCAGCACCCUGCCAGCUGAUUGGCUGACCCGGCACCAUGCAGACUGUCAGGAGCUGAGGAUUAGAGAUAUUAUUGGCUCAUCCGCGGAUGUCCUUCCGCUAUGGUCGUUCCGGAAACUCCGAACAAGAUGUACUACCCUCCCAGUGACCUGCAGAGGGAUGCUCACGUGCCCAAUUUCCACUCCUAUCUGGAGGCUUACAGGAAAUCCACGGAGGAUCCAGAAGCCUUCUGGAGGGACGUCGCCGACGACUUCUUCUGGAAGAAGCCGGCCACGGGCCCCAUGUUGCAGUACAACUUCGACGUGACCAAGGGGAGCAUUUUUGUCAAAUGCAUGGAGGGGGCCAAGAGCAACGUGUGCUAUAACGUGCUGGACAGACACGUGAAAGAGAAGGAGCUCGGUGAAAAGGUGGCUUAUUACUGGGAAGGCAACUCCCCAGACCAGCACACGACCAUCACGUACAGCCAGCUCCUGAUCCAGGUUUGCCGCUGUGCCAACGUCCUCAAACAAAUGGGUGUGAAAAAGGGAGACAGGGUAUCCAUCUACCUGCCCAUGAUUCCAGAACUGGUCUACAGCAUGUUGGCCUGUGCCCGGAUAGGUGCUGUUCAUUCUGUUGUGUUUGCAGGUUUUUCCUCCGAGUCGCUGUGUGAGAGGGUGAUGGAUGCUCAAAGCGUCGUCCUGGUGACAGCAGAUGCUGUUUACAGAGGAGAGAAGCUAAUCAACCUGAAACAGAUAGCAGACGAGGCGCUGGAGAAGUGCAGGGGAAAAACGUCGUCUAGUGUCACUAAAUGUUUGGUAGUCAAGCACCAUGCACGGAGGACCAAGGGAGGAGCAGCAUGCAGCAAACUGCAGACACCCUGGAACAUGGAUCGCGACGUAUGGUGGGACGAGGCGAUAAGAGGCUCGCCCGAGGACUGUGAACCCGAGUGGAUGGACGCAGAGGACCCGCUGUUCAUCCUCUACACCAGCGGCUCCACGGGAAAACCCAAGGGCGUCCUCCACACGGGGGCCGGGUACCUGCUCUACACCUCGCUGACCUUCAAGUACGUCUUUGACCACCGCCGUGACGACGUGUACUGGUGCACCGCGGACAUCGGCUGGAUCACCGGCCACUCGUACAUCACUUACGGCCCCCUGGCUAACGGUGCCACUAGCGUCCUCUUCGAGGGGAUCCCGGUGUAUCCUCACGUGGGCCGCUACUGGGAGAUCAUUGAGAAGUACCAAGUCAGCAAGUUCUACACGGCCCCCACCGCCAUACGCCUGCUCAUGAAGUUUGGCCGUGAGCCGCUGCAGAAGUUUGACCUCUCCAGCCUGAAGAUUGUGGGUACCGUUGGUGAGCCCAUCAACUCAGAGGCGUGGCACUGGUUCCACGAAGAGGUCGGUCAGGGAAGGUGUCCCGUGGUGGACACGUUCUGGCAGACAGAGACGGGAGGUCACGUUCUGACCCCUUUACCUGCCGCCACGCCCCUGAAACCCGGCUCGGCUACGUUUCCCUUCUUUGGCGUCGAGCCCAGCAUCCUCAACGAGCACGGCGAGGAACUGGAGGGUGAGGCCGAGGGCUACCUUGUUUUUAGGAGGCCCUGGCCUGGAAUAAUGCGCACAUUGUACCGGAACCACGAGCGCUUCGAGAACACGUACUUUAAGAAAUUCCCAGGGUUCUAUGUGACUGGUGAUGGCUGCAGACGAGAUAAGGAUGGAUAUUACUGGAUCACAGGAAGGAUUGAUGACAUGAUGAACGUAUCAGGUCACCUGAUGAGCAGCGCCGAGGUGGAGGCGGCGCUGACCGAGCACUCGGCUGUGGCCGAGGCCGCCGUGGUCAGUCGACCGCACGCGGUGAAGGGCGAGUGUCUUUACUGCUUUGUCACCCUCAAAGACGGCGGCGAAUUCAACCCCUCGCUGGUGGCCGCCCUCAAGACGGCAGUGAGGGACAAAAUUGGACCAAUCGCCACACCGGACUUCAUCCAAAACGCCCCCGCGCUACCCAAAACACGCUCAGGGAAGAUCAUGAGGCGGAUCCUCAGGCAGGUGGCCCGCAACGACAAGGACCUGGGAGACCUUUCCACGCUGGCUGACCCCCAGGUGGUGGAGAUCUUGUUCAGCCAGAGAUGUGAAACCACAGCCUGAACACACACACACACACACGCACACACACACACUGUUUCUAUGACAACGGCCCCAAUCACAUCCUUCCUUUGGGACUAAGGAGCCAAACAGUCAAAAAAAACUCUCUGCUGUUGUGUAAAUGUGCACCUUUUUGUGUGUUUUCGCCUAUUUGUAAACAAAUGUUCUAUUUUCAUAAAUGUACUGCAUGCUUCUGAA